UAUUAACCGUCAUGAUGAUCAUUUAUUUAAAAUCGUACAAAAUUGCAUUACUGGAGAAUAUUUGCUACUCGAAAGAGUCGAAAGUCGACAAAAAAAAGAGGACACAAAAAAGUAAAUUUUUCCCAAAGUUGGCUAUGUGAAUUGUCAAAAACAUAAUCUAAAAAUAAUAACAACAGACAACAAGAUAAGAAGAAGAAAAUAAAUAGGUUAACCUAAACUUUAGGAUUUAUUAAAAUGAAUUUUACUUUUAAUUAUAUCAAAACAACCGUAUUAAAACCCACAGUCACAGCUGCUAUUCAAAAUAUUGUACGGUUUGCGAGUAAAAAGACAAGCGGCAGUACAAGAAAUACGAGUACAAAAGUCAGGCCAAAACACAGAGGUAUCAAAAUACCAGAUGGUCGAAAUGUAAAUGCUGGUAAUAUUUUAGUCCUUCAACGUAACCUUCGUUUCCAUCCAGGUUUAAACGUUGGUAUGGGUAGAAAUGGUACCUUAUUUGCACUUCUUCCAGGAAGAGUUUCAGUGACAUGUGAAAAGGUUGAUUUGGAUUGGGACCACACAUGGGUCCAGAGAUGCCACGGAUAUAGAAAAGGUGUAGAUUUUUACAAGAAAUACUUUAAUGUUAUACCUAUACCACAGCAUCAAAAUUUUAAACUUGUUAAUGAAAUCUAGGUAAUGUGAUAUAUUAGUAAUUAUGUAUUUUAAAUAAAACAAGUAUGAUACAAUCAUUA